UAGGCUUGACCAUACUUUUCAUCUGAGUACCUGCUCAGACUCUUUGCCUUCGUCUUGAUUGGCCGUCUUGGCCAAAAUCCUCUUGAAUGAUUUCAAACCAAUCCUUUGGAAGCGGGGGAGGACUGCGCUAAUUCCUAACCGGGAAAGGAUUCAAUCCCCCUACGUUUACCCCUCACGGAGGAGAAGCCUGAAGGCUGCUUGAGCGUGUAUGGUCUUCGGAGCGUUCCUUUCUUGCCUGGAAUGAACAUGGAAUUUUCAAAAGUGCAAUCACAUUGCGCCUUCGUGAUUUAACGUUUACAGUGGGAUACUCCAACGUGGAUUUUACAAAAAAAUAUUUGCUGAUUUCAUGUCUGGUAAGCCUAGAUAUUUUAGAGCUACUGGCGUCCUAGAAUUAUCUGCACAUGCUACAGAGAAUAUCUCCACCACACAGUGACAUUUGCUAACGUUGACGUUAGGGCUCUUACAAUGAUGGAGCCAACGUUAUGACUCGAAAACCUCAUUUUUACGUUAAGAUAUCGAGCGUUUUAACUAUUGUUUUAUGAUAUAAUCAUAAAAUAUCGCAAUAUAGUCCAACAAACUGUAGAGUGUUUUAAAUUAGUUAACCCAAGCAACAUUCGACACGACUGGCUGGACGUGGGUGGGAGGGAACGGUUGAUACGGGUGAAAGUCGUCAAUCAAGAUCAUAGAUUCCGUGGAGUUGUUGUAACUUGGUUAGUGUGAUCUGAUGAUUUUGAGUGAAACUGUGCAACAGAUUAGCAUGUAUUUGCAUUCCGUUACAAUGACUCAGUUGAGGCUCGGAUAACUGUUCUAACGCGGACCGUGGAAAUAAAUAUUAGCCUACCCGAGGAUAUGGCGAAAAAUUGCACUGACGGACUAAGGGAUGACCUUAGUAAGGUUUCAGACGAUGAACUAUUAAGAUGCAGCAAGGAGGAUCUGGUCAAAAGACUGAGAAAGGUGGACAGCGAGAAAAUGAACUUAAUGAUAGAACACGGCAACAUGAUGAAAGAUGUCAAUCGUCGGCUGCAGGUGCAUUUGCACGAGAUUCGAAAUCUGAAAGAGAUCAACCAGAAACUUCAGGAUGACAACCACGAGCUCCGGGAGCUCUGCUGUUUCUUGGACGAUGACAGGCAGAAGGGCAAGAAACUGUCACGGGAGUGGCAGCGCUUUGGCAGGUACACGGCGAGCGCCAUGUGGAAAGAGGUGGGCCUGUACCAGCAAAAGCUCAAGGAGCUCGAGGUCAGCCAAGAGAGCAUGGUGCGUGAGAAUUCGGACUUGAAAGAAAUCAUCCUCAUGCUGGACGAGGAGAGGAAUGGAGCGGGGUCACGAAGCUCCAUCGACAGCCAGUCGAGCUUGACCAACCUGAAUGGGGGGACGAACAACGUUCGAGACGUGGGAGACGGGAGCAGCACCUCCAGCACGGGAAGUGCGGGCAGUCCGGACCACCACCACAAUCACGCACACAAAACUGGGGAGACCAAAGUGGGGACGACCAUAAGGAGGUCUAUGGAUGACCUCUCGGCUCCACAUCACCACAGAAGUAUUCCGAAUGGUCUCAAUGAGUCAUCUUCAAAUUACAUCCGACAACUGGAGACCAAGGUGCGCAUUCUCGAGGACGACAAGAACAAGCUCCUCUCUCAGCCCGGAGGCCGAUAUAGCUUGUCAAAGAUACAAACCAAGCCCGGAGGCCGAUAUAGCUUGUCAAAGAUACAAACAAAGCAGCAAAGUAACCUUGGAGAUCUGCGCGCCCUGAGGAAGGGCAUGACCCUGUACCACUCUGAGUCGCAGCUGUCCUCACUGCCCCAGCGCCAGGAGGCCAUGCUCAACGGCACCAGGGGUCUGCCCACCAGCGAGUCCUCCCCUUCGGCUGGCUUCCUGAGCUCUGCGCAGAAGCCAGAGGCCGUGGUGCACGCUAUGAAGGUCCUUGAGGUUCAUGAAAAUCUGGACAAGCAGCUUCCUGAGGACUACGAGGAGGACCUCAGCGAGAAGGAAAAAGCUAUCGUGCGGGAGAUGUGCAACGUGGUAUGGCGCAAGCUGGGUGAUGCUGCCGGAUCAAAGCCGUCCAUCCGACAACACCUCUCUGGGAAUCAGUUCAAAGGGCCGCUGUAGCCGCCUCACCCGCUCUCUCUCUCCCCCGCUGUCUCUGUGGCACCCAGGGGAACAUGCUCACCCUGAAUCACCUACCCAUAAACCACUGCAGCGUUGGGACACAGCAGCAGCGCACCCCAAAGUGCUCCCCAUGUAGACAACAGAACACUGUCCUCAACCAUCUCUCCUAGUCGCUUUUAUAAACACACACACACACACACACACAACGAACUUCCUGCAUAAAACUUGGCACGCAGCUCGCACUUCCAUUCUGCCCCGCAAGCCUGCAAAUGGGGCGUUUAAUGACCGGCAGCUUGUUCCACCAACACACGAACCAUCUCUGGCUCUUUCUCGAUGUUUACUUAGUAUUUCAAUAAGUGAUGAACAGACACCUCCCUUGUGUGUGUUACGUGCUGAACACCUUUCUCCACAGAGGGGACAGCUGCAGGCGAGCGUCGACUUCCCCUCACGCAACAAACGUUUUUCUGCACUUCUGUAGUUUUUGACUCAGCUACACUUAUGGGUGUUUGCCACUAGUGAACCCACACGUGAAAAAACAACCUCCAGGUGUGUGUGUGUGUGUGUGCGUGUGUGUGGGUGACCAGUGCGCUCUUCCUCCCUCCAGACCGAAGUGUACUGUCGAUAGAAAUACUUCUCAGUAUGUGUAAAAUAAUGUACAAUUAAAGCAAACUUAGCACUACUUUUGUCGUCAUCUUUGUCUUGUUGUGCUUUUUGUUUCUAUUUACUUUUAGUAGCCUUGUGCAGGCUACAAUUUGUGUUUAAAAAAUGCGCCGAACAUUACAGAAGUGUGUUUUUUUUUAUUCAAUACACUUCAAUGUAAUUUUUUUUAGGUUGUGCAGCUUUUCAGUCUGAAAAUACAUGGACAUUUUCCUCAUUGGUUUGCCCAUACUGGUAAAGUCAACAGAAUUUUUACUGUUUGUCGUACAAUUUGUGAAAUUGAAAAUUACAGUAGUGUGCUGUGCAUGCUUGACAAUCAUUUUCUCAGGUUUGGGAUUUGAAAUAAAAAACAAAGACUGCUUUAAACAUGCUUGCAUGGGAAGGGGGGAAGCUGUUUCAACCUCUGGGUCGCCCACCUUUAGAACCACGGUUCCUCACUUGGUUGAGAAACUGCUUGACAAACUAUACUGUGCAGAUCUUUUACAUUCACUUGACCGCACUGGCCAUCCACUCAUUGUGAUUACUGUGAUAUUGGAGGACUGUGGAGAUCCCUUAUAUCUAUCUCUUUUGUCUGGCGUUGUCACCAAAACCACUCCAGGGGACUCGAGGGGUGUUUAGACGUAAUGGCUGACUUUGAACCCUUGGUAGCAAGUGUGAGAACUAUGGAAGAUGCAUUUCAGCAGUUGCAUUGCAUGUUUGUGGCAGAAGAGCUUUUCAGUUGGAAUGUGAGAAAGAAGUCUUCCCUUGGUGGUAUAUCUGAUGUGCUCUUUUUCUCUCUCCCUAGUCAAUGUUGACGUGUUCAGCUGAGCAACUCAGUGUAUAUUAAAAAAAAAUAGGUUAUUUAUUGGUGUUUGCUAGUAUGGAGAGUAAGCGUGAAAGCAAUGGCUGAAAAGUAUCUCGUUUAAUGUGGUUGAUUUGAAACCAGCAGAAAGCCUUUUAUUGUCACUGGAAAAGAUCUUGGCUGGUUUGAGUGGCAGAGUCCUUGUCAAAAGGUACUUUGUCACUUAUAUUACUGUUCCAAAUUAGAACAUGACUGACUAUGCCCUAAUAAGGUUGGUCUUUGUUGUUCUUUCAUGCAAAUGCAUUUUCAAAAACUAUAAUCUAAGUGUGGAUUACAAAAAGUGUCCUUUUUAGGAAUUGAAUUGAAUAUAAAGCCAUGAUUCGAUUUUUGAAAUUGUUUUCUUGAUGUGGCAUUUGGAAAGUACCACCUCUCUUUUGCAUGGGUUUUGAUUUGGGAACCUGUGUUUUAUGAUUAUGUUGUAUUUUACUCUGUAACAUGAGACAAUAUCAAAACUGGAUCCUAGAGUCUACAGUGUUAAAGCCAAUCCUGUAGUUGCUAGCAUGACAAAUGUAACAUUUUGGUUUUAUUUUCUAUUUUUUUUUUUU